AUGGUAAGUGACUUUGUGUAUCAGUAUGAAAAGGCAAUAGAUGCACGUUACUUUAAAGAAAAAGAGAAGGAUGUGCGGACAAGAUCUACGCGGGCUAUAUUGAAGACACCUCUUAAAAUUGAAGAGGAGGCGUCAAUGGUUUAUACAAGAAAGUCUUUCAUGAUCUUCCAAGAUGAACUGUUCAAUAGUUUACGGUACAAAGUUACAAAAUUAUCCAAAGAGGGUGAAAGAAAGACAUAUGGAGUGGUAAUAAGUGGUCAAGAGAAACCACUUUAUCAUGUGACAUUGGAGAAUGGUGAAGAACAGACAACAUGUACAUGCCAUCUGUGGGAGUUUAUGGGGCUUCUUUGUCGGCAUAUCUUGUGUGUUUUUGGCAAGAAAUCGAUGUUAGAUAAAUUGCCACAGCAUUGGGUGAAAGAAAGAUGGACUAUUAAUGCUAAGGCUCGACCCAUUCCUGACAUACCAUUAAUGGAAGGGCAAGUUCAGGUAGGACAAGAUGAUCCUAUGAUGAGAAAAAGCAAGUUGAUGAUUCAACUUUAUGACAUUGUUGAACUUGGCUCACAGUCAGCUGAAAAACACAAUCAUCUAUGUCUUGCAUUGGAGAAGGUUCAUAAAGAGUUACUUGCAAUGGAAGAUCAUGUAGCAUGCUCUCAAAGAGGGGAGUCAACCAAUAUUAUCCAAAACGAAAGAAGUCAAGUUGUAUCGAAUUUUUCACAAACAGUCCAAGAUCCUCCAAGGGUGCCAACAAAAGGACGGCCAAAAUCGUUAAGAUCGAAAAACCCAAAAGAAACACAGACAACAAAGAAAAGACGUUGUAGCAUUUGCAAGAAUGAGAGACAUGUUAAAAAUAAUUGUCCUUCAGUGAGGUAUUUUGGGCAAGCAACUGACAACACAUCGAUACAUUUAGAAUGA